GGCUGGGCUAAAGUCCUGUCCGGCUGCCUGGAGCGAGCUGGGCGCUUGUGUCCUGCCCGCCGAGCCAAGGCGCGGGGGCACCUAGGGCUGUCUCCCGGGCUGGCCGCUUCCGCAUGGGGCGGCUGCCGCUGAGCCUCGCCGGGGCCGGGUGAGGCGGCGCCCCCUGCUCGCUGGCUGCGGACGCUGCCGGGAGCCGAGCCCCGCCGCCGGGAGCGGGGAUGUCCGCGCCGUGCUGCGCGGGCCAGUUGGCCUGUUGCUGUGGUACUGCUGCUUGCUCCCUGUGCUGCAAAUGCUGCCCCAAGAUAAAGCAAUCUACGAGCACCCGCUUCAUGUAUGCACUUUACUUCAUACUGGUAACGCUCAUCUGCUGUAUCAUGAUGUCAAGAACAGUAGCUACUGAAAUGAAAGAGCACAUUCCUUUUUAUGAGCGCAUCUGCAAAGGUAUUCAAGCAGGUGAAACGUGUGAGAAGCUAGUGGGAUACUCUGCGGUUUAUAGGGUCUCUUUUGGAAUGGCAUCUUUCUUCUUUAUCUUCUUCUUACUUACCAUCAAAAUUAACAACAGCAAAAGCUGCCGAGCAUAUAUUCACAAUGGGUUCUGGUUCAUUAAGCUUCUAGUUUUGGCAGCCAUGUGCUCAGGAGCUUUUUUCAUUCCAGAUCAAGACACCUUCCUUAAUGCCUGGCGCUAUGUAGGUGCAGCGGGAGGAUUCCUUUUUAUACUUAUUCAGCUUAUCCUGCUUGUGGAGUUUGCACACAAAUGGAAUAAAAACUGGACUGCGGGCACAACGCAUAAUAAACUGUGGUAUGGCUUACUAGCUCUGGGCACUCUCGUCUUGUACUCCGUUGCUGUGGGAGCCCUGAUUUUGAUGGCUGUCUUUUACACGCGCUCCGAGGGCUGCACAUACAACAAGAUCCUGCUUGGUGUAAAUGGUGGCCUGUGCAUUCUUAUUUCAUUGGUAGCUAUCUCACCCUGUGUCCAAAGUCGCCAGCCACACUCUGGUUUGUUGCAGUCAGGAGUUAUCAGCUGCUAUGUCAUGUAUCUCACCUUCUCAUCUCUGUCAAGCAAACCACCAGAAACUAUCCUGGAUGAGAACCAUAAGAACAUUACAAUCUGCGUACCUGAUUUUAGCCAGGGUUUGCCCAGAGAUGAGAACCUGGUUACUGGAUUGGGCACUACUCUUCUGUUUUGUUGCAUUUUAUAUUCUUGUUUGACCUCAACAACUCGUGCAAGCUCUGAAGCACUGAGAGGAAUAUAUGCAACGCCUGAAACUGAAGUAGCUCGUUGCUGCUUUUGCUGUGCACCAGAUGGAGAUGCUGACACCGAAGAGCAUGUUGAAGAAAGGGGCGGUCAGACUGUAAUAUAUGAUGAAAAGAGAGGCACAGUAUACAGCUAUGCCUACUUCCACUUUGUUUUCUUCUUGGCUUCUCUCUACGUGAUGAUGACAGUAACUCACUGGUUCCAUUAUGAAAGUGCUGAGAUUGAAAAAUUCUUCAGUGGAACCUGGUCCAUCUUCUGGAUUAAGAUGGCGUCAUGUUGGGUGUGUGUCCUACUCUACCUGUGGACUCUCAUAGCACCUCUCUGCUGUCCAACCCGACAAUUCUCAGUGUGAGACUUCACAAGCGCGAUCGUUACAAAUACUUCAGUCACUUUGCUGGAGAAAUAAGUCUGUCAAUCAGGUGUCUUAACAUGCUGGUUAGUUACCUCUUGUCAGAUGAAACAUAGAUCUGAAGACUUCCUCUUUUUUAACCAUGUUUUUUAACUGUCUGAACAAAAAUGUAACUCCAAGGAACAAAUCUACUGAAAGACAGUGUUGCAACACUGAUGCAGAAGGGUGGGGAAAAUAUGGGUGAUGAUACAUAAACUGGAAUAAAUAAAACUGUUGUAGAAUAACUGACCAUCUGACUUUAUUGGCAAGAAGAGCAAAGCCAAACCUAGUGCAAAGUGUAUCUUUCCCUCCUGUGGAAUGUCAGAUACCUUGUAACAAAAGGAAAUGUAUUUGUUGUUAUACUUUUCAUUACUGAUGCCAUUUACAACGGUGGUGAUUCAAAUUCAAACUAUCCUUUUAUACUUCACACAAGUCUUGAUGCCUGUCUCCAGAUAACUUUCUCCACAAAUGCACCUAAAGUACUACUUCAGUAGUAGAAAACAAGUAAAUGUUUGACUGGGGUGGGAGUUGGGCAAUGUAUCUGCUCAAAGGUUUCUAAAUAUAUUAAAUUACUCAAUAUGUAUAUAUAUUAAGUUAUUACAAAUAUGGCAUGAUAGAGAAACAUACCAAUGGCAAUAGAAAUAUUUAUUAUGUAAACUGAAAGGCACCUUUUAAGUACAAUUGAUCAUAUGGAGCGCUAGGAGACAUAUAUCUGAAAUAUUCAGAGAUACUAAAUAUUGUUAAAGGAAAUGCUGUUUUUGUCUUUUUUAACUUCAGAUUUCUACAGAAGCUAAAUUGUAGUACAAUUCAAAACAGACCCAAUUAUCAGCGAAAUGUGAAUGCUGCAUGUGUAGCAUAAACUAUCGUAAUGGAAUUCUGAGGGAUUUGUUUUGCAAGCAGUAACUGAGUGCAAACUGCCCAGUCUGUACAAGGAUAUUAUGCAUGGUACAUUCUUUAUUAAAGAAAAAUCACAAUGUGUGCCACACAAUCAAAGGAGAUUCUAAGCAAAUAUAGGGAAACAUUGCUCAACAUCUUUAACCUUAAAAAUGAGAGUGCUGAGCAUUAUUUUUGUCUAAAUAUUUACCCACAUUUAGAGGUUUCCCUCAGACUUUAACCUCAAAUUUUCACUACUAAUUUCCUAAUACUUUAACGUUGGGUUAUGGCCAGGAAAGGAACUAUGUAAAAUGGCAUUACCUUACUCAAUAUGUCUGCGUCUUGGUUAUUUAGAGUUGUGCACUUUUUUGGGAAAAAUAUUUUUCUACUUCUUUACUUCAGCUCCCUACAAUGGCACAGCAGUGCUAUGAGAGUGUGAGCAAAAUUCUAUUCUAGUGACACAUCAUUAACAGUUUGGCCAGUUAAAUUCCAUGUGGAGAAUCUUCCCAGCAAGUUAAACGAUUUUUUUAAUAUGAAUGGAAUAAAUGUGGUCAGGAGAUUACUGAGCUAAUAAACAUGGACCCUUCAUUGCCGUUAUUAGUUUUUUUCCUGGUUAGAACUACUCUUUAACUAUAUCAGUUAUUCAGUAGGUAAAUAAAAAGAAAACUAAUAUGAAUCCUUCUGAAUUCCAAUAGUUUUGAAACUAACCUAUUCAUACCAGUUUGUCAAAUUAAAAUAGAAAGAAAACUAUCCACUGUGAUAUGACUGUGCUGUCCAUGGAACUACAAAAAGUUAGUGAGCUUUACUUCUGUGCUGGCCAGAAGCUGGGAAUGGGUGAGAGGGGAUGGAUCACUUGAUGAUUACCUGUCUGGUCAUUCUCUCUGAAACACCUGGCACUGGCCACUGCUGGAAGACAUGAUACUGGGCCACAUGGAUCUUUGGUCUGACCCAGUAUAGCUGUUCUUCUGUUCAUCUUUUUUUUUUUUUUUUUUUUUAAACUUGGACCCUUUCUUUAGGAAUCAAAUACUUGUAGUUUAGUGUGUUAAAAGGAAAAAACCCACAUGAUUCUGAUGUAAAUAGAUGGUCUAUGAACACAUUAUCAUGCCUUGAUUGUCUGUUUUGCCAUAAUUAUGGGAGUUCUAUUGCUGCCAUAUUACUUGGCACUUACUAUGAUAGAUUUGUUCGGUUAAUGCUAUCUCUAGUACUUCUAACAUGCAUAUCACUGGCAUACACUGAGGGGUAAGAUGGAGAAUUCUGGUUCCUGGCUUUAGCAGGAGUUAGAUGCAGUUUUUUAUAGCCAAGGUAUAGGUACCCUCUUUCGUCAGCUUAUUGUUUGACUUUCCUUUUCUCCCAGGUCUUUUCCCUAAACAACCCUUACAAAAACAAAACAUACCAUCCAGUGCUAGCUUCCAGUAUUGCAUUUUAACAACUCAGAAAAACCGUUUGCUUAAUGCUAAGAACGAUCAUUGAAAUAAAGAGCAAAAAUAAACCUUUCCCCAUUGCUACUGGGGGAAGGGAAUGAGCGCUCCUAAAGACCUCUCGGGUUAAAGAUUUCUGGGCUUUCUCCUUGGAACCAGAAGGGCAGGAAGUGACUGUCUCAUUCUGGGGUCUGAGUUGAUCUGAUAUGGCUCUGUAAGGGUUGAAUUACUCCCAAACCCUGCACAUCCUCCUCCCUCAAGUAAACUCUGCAGAGUUUGUGAAGUCCUAUAAACUUAUGCUACUAACCCCACUGUUCCCAGGGGCUUAGAUAUCCAUCAGAAUCCCCUCCAUGCUGAAAACUGAUGUGUGGGUUUCUUUGGUAUGGCCGUGAAUCUUUCCCCAUUUUCUCUCACCCACACCCCAACACCACUUCAGUUUAAAUAAGUUUUGUUAUGUUACAAAGGUGAAUAAAUAGUUUUCUGGGUUUUGAUUGAUUAUGCUUCCAUUUUGAAGGCUCUGAUCCUGCACGGAGACCGCGCACCUGUUUAGAGUCCCAUUGAAAUCUGAAAUAAAGCAAGAGAGUAAGGACCAUGAGAUGACAACUAGGGGUCAUCUUGCCCAAAUUGUAAUGUUUACAGUGAGAAGAACAGGAAAAGCUGCAACUUUGGGCAAAUUGUAUAGAACAUUCAGAUACACUGUAAUUAUUUAAAAAAAAAAAAGAAUUAUUUUUUCAAACGAGAAGAAAUUAUCGCUAGUGUUUAGCCAGUCGAGAGCUGAUAAACUGAAAUUCCAAAUUUUCUUCUGAUUUGUAUAAUUAUAGGUUUUUCAAACUGUUUUGAUUUGGUUUUAGGACUCUGAACUGCAAUCAAGGUACAGUCCAGAAAAUCUGAAUGAAAUUCCCUAAUGUUCAAAUAUCUGUAAGUGUAGUAUUGAGGUGUCAUAUACAUCCAUGGUAUGAAAAACAAGUGUAUUAAAAUAUUAAUGUUUUUGUGACUAUAUUAUGGCUUAACUCCUUCAGGUAUCUUUUAAAAUGUGUAUUGGCCAAGGCAUCCACUAAUAGCGAGACUAUAGGCAAUAUCUGUAUACAAAAAAAAAAUCCUUAUGUGUAUAUACUGCAUACUCAUUGUAGUUCAGUUUAUGCAGGGCAAUAGCUAUUUUGCACAGAGGAAAUGAUGGCCGCAUAAGGAAAGAAGAGGCAACAGUCAUUCUUUCUCCUCCUGAACUUGCAUCCCUGAGUCCACCACACAGGCCCGUCUCACAAAGUACAUGUGCAUAGGGUUUGCAGAAUUUGGGUAGGAUGCAAAGGGAGCAGUGGAGGAUGACUCUACACUGCAUUAUCCCACUCCAAACUAACGUUGUGUGAGCCAUGCUACCAGAAGGAGAAGGCCCAGAGAGUAACUUGCAGGGGCUGUUCCUUUAUACAGAUGUCCAAGAUCCAUUUGGAUCACCGGACAUCUGUGCAGAUGGAAAGGUGUGCCUGUUUCCCCUGUCUGGAGAAGAUGACAUCACCUUGGGUCUCCUUGAGUGUAGGCCCAUGGAGUUUCCUCAAUCAGUGUAUUCCCUCCUGCAGGCCAGGGGAAUAUUAGGGGGCUUAGUGUAGUUUUUAAAAAAUUCUACUGUGAACUUCCUGUUGACAGCUAUUUGUGUGAUUCCUAAAGUCACGUGUUAGGGUCUGUCACAAUUCAGGAUUCCAGCUCCAAUUCCAGCUCAUUGAUCAUUAUCUGCUCAGGUGAACAUGCAUUUUAAAAGUGCCUAUUAGACAUACCUCUGCCAUAAAUAAUAAUUCAGUUGAGACUCAAACUGGAAGAACUGAACUGAGCCUAUGAUUCAAUGGUGCUGCCUCAUACACCACCUCCGACCUUAAGAUGUGCUAAUACUUACUGUGCAUAUGAAAGACUCCUGGUUUUUUGAAUCUAUACUUGACAAAAUUCUGUGGUAGGACUCUGAUGCAAGCUACUGCUCUGUAGUAAUCAGGAAUAGGAGAUGCUAUGGAAAGACUUUUUAGAGGAUGGAAUGAGAAGCUCUUAGUGUCUAAUGCUUCAGUGUUCUAUAAAAUGCUUGUCAUGAGUCAUGUAUUAGGACAGUAGCUAAAUAAGUAAGAGGAGAACUUUAUCUCCCCAUGCAUUUAUUGUGUAAGAUAGAUAGCCGCACCUACUGGUAGACACCCAGUACUCUCUUUUGCCCUGCCAUGUGCCUUGUAUAUAUCUUUGUUCUUUUGACUUAUUGUGGAACUGAGGUUUAAAUGGGUUGUGUUAGUCUGCCUUUUAAAAUUUGCAAGAAUCUUGAAAGCUACCCACUUUCACAAAGAGCUGUUCCACCUCUGAGAAUGGGAAGCCGAUUACUGUUAAUAGGCUAAACCCAUUCUUCCUUUGUUCCUCCUUCCAGAAGUCCAUUCCAGUUUAAUUUGUAUUUAAAUUAAAAUGCUUGCUCAAGUUUUAUUUCAAGACGGUCCCUUGUAUUGGAGGAAACAUGGUUUUGCUUUGCAGUAAGUUUGUGUUUUGUUGAGGUUUUCCUCUACUUCAGAAACUACAUUGGUUCUGAAUAAUUUUUUCUUCUUUCCUGCUGCACUUGUGCUUGAGCCUGGAGCAAACUCCCAUUCCUUUAUUUGUGUCAGCAAUGACCAUGAAAGCAAUUGUGAGAACCCAAAUUCACUCCAAUUAGAGACUCCAAGGAGACUUUGGAGAGAGCAAGCCUCCUAACCAAAAUAGCUGGAUUAGCAAACAAGGCCAAAAACACUUAUAAGGACCAAGUGAAAGGCAAAUGGACUUGUCUGUGCUCCAUUUUCCCACAGUGUGAUAGUUCCUCAAAGUAUUCAGGCUCCAUGAGCAGGCGGAUGCUGGGACAUGUAAAUGUAAAUUGUGCUUACAUUUGAAAGGAUCACAACAUUUUAUAUACUAAGCUUUGAACUCUUUAAAUCACUUCAGACUUCAAUAAUUUCAAUUGAAAUUUGGAUUGGCUUUUUAAAAAUAUUAAGUCAAUUACUUACCCAUUUCAUUUUGUUAAAGCUUUACUGUGGUAGUCUGGAUUUUCAUGUAUACCCAUCAGGGAACUAAAACAGUGGAGAGUGAUUAAGAUGAAUCACUCUAGUUGCAAACACCUCUGGAGAGGUACCAACCUUUGGGGAUAUUUGCAUGCAUUCAUUCAAACUGGGUUCCCGGAAACCAACAGGCACAGGGCUUUUGGCAUAAAAAGUCUUGAGUUUAAAUUGACACAGGGCCUUUCUGAUCCAGCAAACAGGACCUUCUGUCCAAAGAUGGCCCAACCCUUGCAGAAAGAUUGGAGAAAUCUUGGCUUAAUAGGACCCCCAUAAGACUACUUGUGACCUCUGGAAAAAUUUUUACCAUGUGUAUAGGAGUGUUUAUUAUUUUUUGUAUGUUUUCUCUGUAAUGCUUUUACCCUAAGAAUAAAUGUGUUUUGCUUUGUGAA